CCGCCAAUUGCCACCGCACCACACGCAUUCGCCUUUCUCCAUCAAAUACAUUUACAACACACCCCGUUGUCUUCCUCGAUAAACAACACCCUUGGAUUUUCAGAUAUCUUUCUUGAUUUUUUUCAAUCCUCUCUGUGUUAAUAUUCUCCAUCCACCCCCAAAUUAAAAUCACUUAUCAUCCACAGAUUAUUGUUUUAAACAAAAAUUGGAAGGAAGAAGAAGAACGCCGGAAUGGUCAAGAAAAGGGUAUCAAGAGUCGGCAGUUAUGCCAUUUCGUCCGCCAUUGCAGACCCUAACUGCUUUUCAUGCUCAACCUUUAACAUCCUUGCCCCCAUCUAUAAGCGCCUAAUUCACGAGGAUCAUGCUUGCAGAGAAAGUGAAAUCAGAGCGUAUUGGUUGAAUAGGAAUGAAGGGAUUUUGGAUCUGCUAUUGUGCGAAAAAUCUUCCAUAAUCUGUCUUCAGGAGUUUUGGGUUGGAAACGAAGAACUUGUCAACAUGUAUGACACGAGGCUUGGUGAUGCAGGAUAUAUCAAUUUCAAGCUUGCACGCACCAACAAUCGUGGUGAUGGUCUAUUGACAGCUGUGCAUAAAGACUACUUCCGGGUGAUAGACCAUCGGGAGUUCCUGUUCAACGAUUUCGGAGACCGUGUUGCUCAGCUUUUACAUGUUGAAGUAAUUGCAGCCUUCACCGGGACCCAGUGCAGAAACAGUCAAGAAAUUCUCAUAGUUAACACCCACCUGUUGUUCCCACAUGAUUCAAGCAUGUGUUUGGAGAGACUGCGUCAGGUAUACAAGAUCCUGCAAUCUGUGGAGGCUUAUCAGAAAGAAAACAGUCCUAGUCCUUUGCCCAUCAUUCUGUGUGGUGAUUGGAAUGGGAGCAAGCGAGGUCAUGUUUACAAGUUCCUAAGGUCACAGGGAUUUGUAUCAUCAUAUGAUACUGCUCAUCAAUACACUGAUGCUGAUGCACAUAAGUGGGUUAGCCACCGAAAUCAUCGAGGAAACAUAUGUGGUGUGGAUUUCAUUUGGCUUCUAAAUCCAAACAAGUCUAGGAAAGUACUCAAAACAAGUUGGAGGGAUGCGGUUUUUGGGCUGUUGAAGUAUCAGUAUAUAUAUAUGAUGCGUGCCUCAUCAUCGCUUUCUGAUGCUGGCUGCCAUUAAGCAGCGACUUAUCAUGUGCGACGAGCAAGAGCCUCCCUGACUGAAGCAGAUGAUGCCUUUGCAUUUCUCAAGGCUGAUUAUAUUACUUAUUUGGGUUUCUGUGAGGCUUUGCGCAAGCUUAAUUUUAUUGGUCAUCCGUAUGGCCUGAGUAAGGAGGAGACAAAAGAGCUUUGGGUUCAAGCAGACCCUGAUGGCAAUGGUGUUGUUGAUUAUAAAGAAUUCCAGCAGAGAGUAUGGAAUCCUACAAGUACAAGGUGCGAGGAGGAAGAGGAAGAGAAGAAGAAGCUCUAUUAGGGUACAGUGUGAAGAAUGCAGUCCUUUACCCAACUGAAGCAGAAAAAGGAAUGUGGCCGGAUGAUUACUCACUCUCUGAUCAUGCCCGCCUCACUGUCGCCUUUUCACCUGUUUAUACAAAUAUAACUUCUUCUUGAUUCAUAUUCUUCCACAUCCACUUUAACUUUUCAACCCAACCCAACCCAACCCAACCCAACCAUUGGUUUGGUGGUUGAUCGAGUCCUGAUGAGCAUACACAUUAUGGUGAUGGAUUUUUAUAGUCACCACCAAUUGCUGCUAAUAUAUAUUACAUAGUAUAUGUAUAUAUGAUUUCUUUGUUACAUUCCCUCAUUUGUAUAAACUGUAAUAUUACCUUGGCAAGUUGGCAUGGCAUAGGAAAACGUAGAUCCAAAACUUAUCAAACUUGUAUGCCAAUAUGCAAUGCACAGGUUGAACGGAGUAUUACUUUUAUGAAUUUAUCAACUGCUAAAA